UCUGCAUAUGGCUCCAUGAAGGACAUCUCUGUUUACAACAUGCUGGGCCUCAGUUCUUCACAGAUCUAUAUCGUUGGCAGGCCUUCGAAGAAAUAUCAAAACCAGUGCCAGUUCCUGAGUGAGGGUUACGCAGCACACCUCUCCACCCUUCAGUUUGGGCACAGAGCGAGACCCAAGAAAUCCUCGUCUGUCCGCAUGGUCCUGAGGAAAGGCUCUUUUGGUCUCUCGGCAAAGUCUGACUUCCUUUGCAAGCGUACCCACCUGCGCAGAACCAUGUCGGUGCAACAACCCGACCCACCGUGCACCCCAAACCCCAAACCCGAGCGCGCCCAGAGCCAGCCAGAGUCAGAUAAGGACCAUGGAGGAGCUGGAGGUGGAGGCAGUGCACAGGGUACAUGGGGACGGAGCUCCAUGCAGCGUGGCGACACCACACCCUGAUGUUAAAAAAAAUAAUAAUAAUAAUAAAGAUUGAAGAUUUGUGGAGAGAAAAGAAGAUCAAAGGCCAAGCAUCAGUUCUCCAGCCCAGCUUUACCGCCUGAUUGCCCUCCACACUUUGCCGCAUGUUUGGUCCUUUUUUCCUCGCCUCCUUGUUGGAUACUGUCUCAGUAUUUGUGCCUCAAUUUUUAAACAGCUGCCAGGGAUGGUGUCGAAUAUUCUGAAUGCCUGUGUUAAGCCCAGACUUUGACCUGGGAACACUCCUGCACAUGCAGGUGGUAAAAUAUGUGCUGUGACUUUAAAAGGAGAUCUCACUAGAAACGUGGUCCUGCAUCGUUGCCAGUGUAAAUAUUUGGCACACAUCCUGUGUGCAUGGACACAGAAGUAACAUGACAUUCCAGCUCAACCUGUGCGUGAGCUGGAUGAGUCGACCUCGGGGAGCAGAGACCUCCAUUUCGCUUUUUGACCUCCAUUUCGCUUUGCGACUUGCUUUAUCUGACUCUUCUUCCCUUCAGCCAGUCAGGCAGAAGACGCCUUUUGACGGCCCCUGAAGACACAUUUGCACUAUAAGAGUACACGUCCGUAGUUCUUGUAUUUGUAAUUUUACACAAUUCACUCUUUGCAUCGUGGAAACUGGCACCACUGACAUUGUUAACCUCUAUUAGGUUGCCAGUUAUUGUGCUAACGUCCUCCCAGAAUGCUUUCACAUACUUUUGCUGCAUUGGAACUUGUAGAGUUGUGAUGAAAUUUGACUGUCUCGUGAACUCCAGGUUGAAGUGAGUCUUAUUGUGGCUGUAUUAAAACAAGUCAGACUUAUUUUUCUAUAAGAGAUAUUGUACAGACAAAUAUUUUCAAUGUGUUUUUCAGUCGUUGUUGUUUCACUUGAAUGUUUGAGUUUGCCUUAAACUGUAUUUGGCGUUGUGCACAGGU